GCAUAAUAAAUCAGAGCGACAAACCGGGUUUCGUGAGCAGGAACGCAGUUCAAGGAGAGCUGAUUCGCUAAGGCUUAGGAGCCGAUCGCUGGCUGUCCGUAGGUGUAGGUGACGGUGUGAGACCGCGGGUGGGAGAGGCACAAGAAGAAGAAGUUGGCGAGGUCGGAGAGCGCGCCGCGGCUGCGUUGCGACCCGCCGGGGAUCCAUCGAUCGUCGUAGCGACGGCUUUCAUGACUGCUCGCAGCAGGGAGUGGGACUGACUACGCUGCACCGUGACAGCUCUGCAGACUGCACACUCUCUCUCGGUGGGACCGAGCCGUUCGCGGAGCCAUGUCUCUGGAGGAGUACGAGCGCCACUACGGCUCGCUGAACUCGGACUUCGGUGGCGGCGGCGGCGGCACCUCGGUGGGCAGCAGCGACAGGCGCUCCGGCUCCGGAUCCGCGGCGAGCGGCGGCGGUCAGGAGGAGGAGAAGCUGCACUAUAUCCCCAUCCGCAUCCUGGGCAGAGGCGCUUUCGGAGAGGCCACCUUGUACCGGAGGACGGAGGAUAACUCCCUGGUGGUGUGGAAGGAGGUGGACUUGAACUGCCUGUCUGAUAAGGAGCGCCGGGAUGUGAUGAAUGAGAUCAGCAUCCUCUCCAUACUGCAGCACAACAACAUCAUAGCAUACUUCAACCAUUUCAUGGACAAGGACACGCUGCUCAUUGAGUUGGAGUACUGCAAUGGGGGGAAUCUUUAUGACAAAAUCAACCAGCAGAAAGGAAAGCUGUUCACGGAGGAGGUUGUCAUAUGGUACUUGUACCAAAUUGCAUCAGCAGUGGCCCACAUUCAUAAAGCUGGGAUUCUCCACAGGGAUAUUAAGACGCUGAAUAUUUUCCUCACCAAAACCAACUUGAUCAAGCUGGGUGACUAUGGACUGGCAAAGAAGCUGGAUUCGCAGUUUUCCAUGGCUGAAACCUGUGUGGGCACACCUUACUACAUGUCCCCUGAGCUGUGCCAAGGGGUGAAGUACAACUUCAAGUCAGACAUCUGGGCCAUGGGCUGUGUCCUCUUUGAGCUGCUCACCCUCACCAGGACCUUCGAUGCCACGAACCCGCUGAAUCUGUGUGUGAAGAUUGUGCAAGGGAACUGGACGAUGGAGGUCAACUCUGACGUGUACUCCUCUGAGCUCAUCAAACUGGUGUAUGAGUGCCUGGAUCAGGAUCCAGAGAAGAGGCCCACGGCGCAGCAGAUUCUGGAGCAGCCCUUCAUUGCCUGCCGCAGACAAGAGAUUGAGGACAAGGUAGAACUGCUGAAUUCUGCCAACAAAAAGCCCAGGUUAAGCACGGUGACUGAAAGCCCUGUUGCCGUGGUGACCACUCGCUCCCGCGAAGUGUAUUUUUGGGGCGGGGGGAAGUUCACACCCCAAAAGCUGGAUGCUUUCAAGGGAGGCUGCAGCGCUCAGCAGGUUUGCGCAGGAGAGACCCACUUUGCCGUGGUUACCGUGGAGAAGGAGCUGUACACGUGGGCCAGUGUGCAGGGUGGGGCUAAGAUGGUGGGGCAGCUGGGCCACGGGGAUCAGGCUUCGUACCGGCAACCCAGGAGGGUGGAGCGCCUGCAAGGCAAAGCCAUUCAGCAGGUGGCAUGCGGGGCCGACUUCACUGCCUGUGUCACAGAUGAAGACCAGCUGUACAUGUUUGGGUCGGACUACUACGGCUGCAUUGGCGUGGACAACGAGUUGGGCACGGAGGUCCUGGUGCCCGUGCUGCUGGACUUCUUCCAGGAGCGGCCGGUGCGACAAGUGUCCUGUGGGGACAAUCAUGUGGCAGUGCUGACCCAGGACGGAGACGUGUUCUCCUGGGGUUGUGGCGAACACGGGCGCCUGGGCCUAGACUCUGAAGAUGACUACGCCUACCCAAUGCAGGUCACCGUGCCCAAGGGAGCCACCAUCACCUCGGUGCAUUGCGGCAGCGACGGGACCUUCUUUCUGACAGAGAGCGGAAAGGUGCUGGCCUGCGGUAACAACGAGAUCAACAAGCUGGGUCUGAACCAGGGCAUCUCUGGCAUCAUGAACCACUCUGGAGAGGUGUACCAGGGGGUCCCUUACACCACCUCCCUCACUCUGGUGAAGCAGCUGGCCCGGUACAAGAUCCGCUCCAUUGCCCCCGGGAAGACCCACACAGCUGCCAUCGAUGAACGUGGGCGACUGCUGACCUUUGGCUGCAACAAGUACGGCCAGCUGGGCGUCAGGGAUUUCAAGAAGCACACGGGGGUCAACCUGUUGGUGGGGCCUUUUGGGGGCAAAGUGGUCACCAAGGUUUCCUGUGGAGAUGGAUUUACCAUCGCUGCCACAGAGGACAACCAGAUAUUUGCCUGGGGCAAUGCUGGCAAUGGGCGCUUGGGGAUGCCUGCUGACAAGGGCUUUGGUUCCGAGGUGUGUCCGGCACUGCCCCGCCCCAUUUUCGGCUCCCUGCACCAUGUGCCCGACCUGUCUUGCCGGGGGUGGCACACCAUCCUUAUCGUCGAAAAGGUUCUCAAUUCCAAAACCAUCCGGUCUAACAGCAGUGGCCUGUCGAUUGGGAGCGGGCUGGGUCAGGGCUCUACCUCUACAAUUGACCUGGAGAUGGAUCAGGCCUUCGAGACUGGCCUGCGAGAUGGGGGCUCGGGGGGCACCAUGGAGGCAGAAACUGAGGACCGAGGCCUGGAAACUCCCAUGAUGUCAGUGGAGAACAAGACUGAUGACAACUCCUGUCCUUUUUGGCUGCGCAAGGAACUGCAGGAUGCAGAGUAUAUCCCCAUGCCAGGGGGGUCGCAGGACUCCAUGCCAAGCCCGCUGGCCCCUUCCUUCACAGAAAGUGCUACCCUGCCCUACGAGGACCUGCAGGAGCUGAAGGCCGCCGCUGCCGCUGCUGCAGAUAAAGGCCUCUCGACAGUACGUGUGGGCUGUGAGAAGCUGAAUGGGCUGCAGGAUCUAGACACCUGUAAGAAGGGGGACAGCCAGGAGGAGCUUCCAUCGGACCACUUGUGUUGCACAGCGAGCAGCGAACUCGCACAGCUGAAGGAGACCGUUGUCCGCCAGGAGGCAAUGAUUCAGUUGCUGCAGCAGCAGUUCAAUGACCAGCUGAAGGAGAACGAGAAACUGUGGCAAGCUAUUCGGAGUCUGACCCUCCGAGGAGACGGUGCUAUAAGCAGUGGCAACACCAGUGACCCCCAGCUUGCCCAGCAGUCGGGGGAGGGAGGAGGUGCUGAUCUGGAUAUGGGCGGAGCCAAGGUUUGCGGUCCUUGAGCAAGCCUCCACGCUUUUCUGAGCUGGUACACUUCGAGCAAAGCUGGUUGAGUCUGCUCAGAUCUAAUUGGGCAGGCUGUCCAGGAAAGGCUGCUGACUGAGGGCGGCUUGGAUGUGGCCGGAGGAGGGUCGGCAGCGCUGUGAAUUUAGGGCCACUGCAUGAUGGUUAGUAGGAAAAGAAUUUGAAACCGGGGUAGACUGAAAGAUUUGUCCACCCCAACCCAUCCAGUAGUCUUUAACCAACAAUUUCACAUCUUUUUGCAAGAAACACAAAAAAGUCAACUUUGACAGCUUCAGUUUGGUUUGGCGUUGUGACUGUAGCAGCAGUGGGGGCAGUUUUUCCACAUUUUCUCUCUCAAAAUAUCAUAUGUAAGAAUGUACAUGUUUAUAGCCUCUGGAAUGUUGUACUGUUAGCUGUCUUUAAUUUGUUAAAAGACAUGUAUGAAGAUAUGUCAUUUCACGGUGAGAUUUAACAUUAUACACCUGCUCAUAGUAGUAAUAUCAAAAGGAGAGUCCAAUGAAACAACUCAUAAUAAUAGGAAGAUCCUUAGUGCAUGUAAACCUCAUGGGUCCUUCUUUUGUUUACC